GUGAAGUUUGUAUGUUUAUCUAAUGCGGUACGUGUAGACGUUUUCUCCAGUUUGCUGGAGCCAUCGAUGGAACGAAUAUAACAUGUAGGAUGCAUCGAGCAUAUAUUGCAAAAAUCGUAGCAAGGCUGCGACUCUUGCAGCCUGCAAAAACUUCGACAGCACCAGUUACUUGUACGUAUUGCUCCCAACAAAAUGGCGAGUCACCUGACUUUGACCCCAACCGUGUGCUCGUGUUAUCUAAGACUACGCGAUACGAAUUCGAGAAAAGGAGAUUUCCCGAUCUUAAUGAUGAUCAGCUGCAGAGACUGCUUUCCAAGAGAGGCUCUGAUUAUGGAAAAAUCUACAGAAUUCAUAAUGUUCAUAAAAGGAACAUUGAAAAGAUCACUGAUACAUUAGAGAAGAGGAAACUGGAAUACAAAGUAGUGUCCAGGAAUGAUUUCACUAUAGAGGAAGUAAAAAAGUCUGAUGCAGUGAUAGCUGCUGGCGGUGACGGUACAUUUCUACUUGCAGCCAGUAAAGUAUUUGAUGAUACACCUGUCAUUGGUGUUAACACUGAUGCCAAGAGAUCUGAAGGUUUUUUAGCUUUACCAAAUAAAUGCACUGUGAAUUUUGAAGAUACGCUGUCAAAAUUACUCACAGGAAAGUUCAAAUGGACUUGGCGUCAGAGGAUUCGUGUAACUGUGGAAGGUGGACAUGUUAACACUGAACCUGUAGAUUUGCAUGAAGAGAUCAUAGGAUAUCCCGAACACUAUGACAGACAUCAUAAUCCUAAAGAUGACAGCAUACAGGAUUUAUCACCUCGGGUAUUACCGGUAUUUGCACUCAAUGAAGUGUUUGUAGGAGAAUCCCUGGCAUCAAGGGUAUCUUAUUAUGAAGUAGGCAUUAAUGAUGGUCCGAUAGAAAAACAGAAAAGUUCAGGAUUGACAGUUUCAACGGGUUCCGGAUCUACAUCAUGGUAA